GCGUAAAUGUGUUUAUGUCCUGUGAUUUUUAACAUGUUGUUCUUAAAGGUUAUGAACUGUUAAAUCAUUGUAUAUUUUGUUCCAAAAUGGGUUUUCUAAAGUGUAUUGAAGUUGAGAAUUUCAAAUCAUAUCGUGGAAAGCAAGAAAUUGGAGUUUUAAAACCGUUUACUGCAAUAAUCGGACCCAAUGGCUCAGGAAAAUCAAAUUUUAUGGAUGCCAUCAGUUUUGUUCUGGGCGAAAAAACAUCUUGUCUUCGAGUGAAAAAAUUGAGUGAACUUAUUCAUGGGGCUCCAAUUGGGGCCCCUGUUUCAAACAGGGCACAUGUGACAGCCAUUUAUUGUAACAAUGAUAAAAGUGAGACACAUUUCACUCGUCUUGUUAUUGGAUCUUCGUCUGAAUAUAGAAUUGAUGGAAAGUCUGUCGGCCACCAAGAUUACACUGCAAGAUUGGAAGGCCUUGGAAUCAAUGUAAAAGCAAAGAAUUUUCUUGUUUUCCAAGGAGCUGUAGAAUCGAUUGCUAUGAAAAGUCCGAAAGAAAGAACAGCUUUAUUUGAAGAAAUUUCACAUUCUAUUGAGCAUAAAGAAGAAUAUGACCGUUUGAAAACUGAGAUGAUGAAGGCAGAAGAAGAUACACAGUUUACAUACCAGAAGAAGAAAGGAAUAGCGGCUGAAAAAAAAGAAGCUAGACUUGAAAAAGAAGAAGCUGAAAAAUACCAACGGUUGAAGGAAGAUUUGGCUUCUAAACAAGUUCUCUACUAUUUAUUUAAACUUUACCACAAUGAAGAAGACAUAAAAAAUUUAGGUGAUGAACUUUCAGAUAAAAAUAAAGAGUUAGAAAAAGCUUCUCGCAAAAGAGAAAAAAUUGAGGAAGAAAUUAAAGAAAAGAAAAAAGAACAUGGAAAGCUCCAAAGAGAGUUCUCAAAAAUUGAGCAGCAAAUUAGAGAAGCAGAAGUGGAACUAAAUAAGAAGAAACCAACCUAUAUUAAAGCAAAAGAAAGGACAGCUCAUAUGCAAAAGAAAUUAGAAACAGCAAAAAAAUCUCUGAAAGCUGCAAGAAAAGUCCAUGAAUCACAUGAAGGUGAAAUAAAGACCUUGGAGGCAGAGCUUGCAGACGUUGUUAAAGCUCAAGAAGAGUUUGAACGAGAGUUACAGAAAGAAUCUCAGUCUGAAGGACGAGAUAUCACUCUUCAAAAUUCUCAAGUCGAAGAAUAUAACCGACUCAAGGAAGAAGCUGGAAAACUUUCUUCGAUUUACUUGCAAAAAUUAGAUUCAAUAAAUAGGGAGCAAAAAUCUGAUCAAGAUCGAUGCGACAAUGAAAUUCGAAAGAAGGCUGAAGUUGAAUCUAAAAUUAAACAGAAACGAUCUGAAUUGGAAGAAAAUACUAGAAGGCUUGAAAAACUUGCUGAAUAUAUCAAGACGAGUGAAUCAGGCUUAUCUGAUUUACGUUCUCAAGAGAAAGAGAUUGGCAAGGAAGUACAAGAAGCAAAAAAGAGAGUUGCAGAUAUUAAUGAAGAAUUAGAAUCCAUUUUAAAUGAGCUUGGAGAUGCUAAAGUUGACAAGCAUGAAGAUUCAAGGCGCCGGAAAAAGGCAGAGAUUGUAGACCACUUUAAAAGGCUUUUUCCUGGCGUCUAUGAUAGAUUGGUCAAUAUGUGCCAACCCAUUCACAAGCGUUAUAAUGUUGCAAUCACCAAAGUGUUGGGGAAGAAUAUGGAGGCUAUUGUAGUAGACACUGAGCGUACAGGCAGGUCCUGCAUCCAGUAUUUGAAAGAACAAAUGUUAGAGGCUGAGACUUUCCUUCCUUUAGAUUACAUUGAUGCAAAGCCCUUGAAGGAACGACUUAGAAAUAUUCACCAGCCAAAAAAUGUCAAACUGUUAUAUGAUGUACUGCAAUAUGAUCCACCUGCAAUCAAAAGAGCUGUGCUAUAUGCAACCAAUAAUGCUCUAGUAUGUGAAACUGCAGAAGAUGCCAAUAAAGUAGCAUAUGAACUCGGUGAUAAUAAAAGAUAUGAUGCUGUGGCACUUGAUGGUACUUACUACCAGAAGAAUGGUUUUAUUUCUGGUGGGAGCACGGAUUUGGCCAAAAGAGCCAGACGCUGGGAUGAAAAAGCUCUACACAAUUUGAAGUAUCGGAAAGAAAAGCUUACUGAAGAACUGAAAGAAAUGAUGAAGAAAACAAGAAAAGAAUCUGAUUUAACUACCAUUCAAUCUCAAAUAAGAGGCUUAGAGACUCGUUUGAAAUAUUCCAUAACUGAUAAGGAAAAUACAGAAAAACGUGUAAUUGCUGGAUUAGAAAAAGAAAUUGCUGCUUUAGAGAGAGAGCUGAAUACUUUUGAGCCAAAAAUAAAUGACUUGGAAGACCGAAUGAAAGAACGCGAGGGGAAAAUUCAAGAAGUUAAAGAAUCUAUGAAUACUGUUGAAGACAGAGUGUUUGCAGAUUUUUGUAAAUCUAUAGGAGUAGAAAAUAUCAGGCAAUAUGAAGAGCGAGAAUUACGUGCAUCUCAAGAAAGGGAGAAAAAACGACUGGAGUUUGAAAAUCAAAAAAAUCGUAUCACGAAUAGACUUGAAUAUGAAAAGUCUAAAGAUACCUCUGAGAAUGUUAAAAAAUGGACCAAAACAGUUGAUGAUGAUGAAAAAGAACUUGAAAAACUAAAGAAAGCAGAAACAACACAAAUGCAGUUAAUUGAUGAAGACAUGCAAAACUUGGAAAAGUUGAAAAAUACAAAAAUUUCAAAGAAGGCUGAAGUUGAUAAAAUUGAUGAAUCUACUGCUGAGAUUCGUAAAAGGUUAGCAACUGCUCAAAAAGAUAUUACCAGUGUGCAAAAACAAGUUACUUCUUUAGAAACAAAACUUGAGCAAAAGAAAGCUGACAGGCAUAGCUUAUUUCAGACUUGUAAGUUAGAAGAUAUAAAAAUUCCAAUGAAGAAAGGAUCAAUGGAUGAUAUUGAUCAUGCGGCCUCUAGCCAGCAAGAUGAUGUAGAUCUUGAAACAUCAGGCAACCAAAGCACUCAACGAAUUUAUGAAAAGGAAGCCAAAAUAGUCUUAGACUACUCUGAUUUGGAGGAGGAUCUUAAAGAGCUGGAUACUAAUGAUGAAAUAAAGAAAGAAGGAGAUCGUUUAAAUAAAGAAGUUAAUGAUAUGCUUUCUCUUUUGAAAAGAAUUCAAGCUCCAAAUAUGAAAGCUAUGGAAAAGCUUGAUGGAGUAAAAGAGAGGUUAAAAGAAACUGAUACUGAAUUUGAAAAUGCCAGAAGAAGGGCUAAAAAAUCAAAACAGACAUUUGAGAAAGUUAAACGAGAGAGAUAUGAUAAAUUCAUGAAAUGUUUUGAUCAUGUCUCUAACAGAAUCGAUGAAAUUUAUAAAGCUUUAACCAACAACCAAAGCGCACAAGCAUUUCUCGGUCCUGAAAAUCCUGAAGAACCAUAUCUGGAAGGCCUUAAUUAUAAUUGUGUCGCUCCAGGAAAGAGGUUUCAACCUAUGAGUAAUCUUUCUGGUGGAGAAAAAACUGUUGCUGCUCUUGCUCUCCUUUUCUCAGUACAUAGUUAUCAACCUGCUCCAUUUUUUGUCCUGGAUGAAAUUGAUGCUGCUUUAGAUAACACAAAUAUUGGAAAGGUCGCUCGAUUUAUCCGGGAACAGACAGAAACAUCUUUUCAGUGUAUUGUCAUUUCACUCAAAGAAGAAUUUUAUGGACAUGCUGAUUCAUUAGUCGGUAUCGUUCCAGAUCCGGGAGAGUGUACAAUAAGCCGAGUUUUGACGUGGGAUCUGACGCAGUAUGAAGAGUGAAAAUAAUUCUCAUCAAUAAAGUAUUUUCAUCAUUGUCAAAAAACAGAUUAUAUAUAUAUUACACACACACGUUUAUAUUGUGUGUAACAUUCAUUGUACAU